AUGAGGGAAAUCACUCCAUUCAAGGGCAAAGUGAAAAAGCCUUGGGGUGGAAGCUUGUCAGGCCUAUUUGAAAAACACCGAGGAGAUAAGUUCCGAGUGAAGUAUCCUCACCUGAGUCCCAAGAACAAGGAGUCCUUUGAUGUGGGCUGUAACCUCUUUGCCAAGUUUUCUGCAUACAUUAAGAAUACGCAAAAAGAAGCAAAUAAGAAUUUUGAAAAAUCUCUGCUCAGAGAAUUUAAACGUCUGGAUGACUACUUAAACACCCCGCUUCUGGAUGAAAUUGAUCCAGACAGUGCCGAGGAACUCACAGUUUCCAGAAGAUUGUUCUUGGACGGGGAUCAGCUGACACUGGCUGACUGCAGCUUGUUACCCAAACUGAACAUUAUUAAAGUUGCCGCCAAGAAAUACCGUGACUUUGACAUUCCAGCAGAAUUCUCGGGAGUCUGGCGCUAUCUUCACAAUGCCUAUGCCCGUGAAGAAUUUACCCACACGUGUCCUGAAGACAAAGAAAUUGAAAAUACCUAUGCAAGCGUGGCUAAACAGAAGAGUUAGGACGCUCUUUUAGUAGAAAAAGCUCUCUUUUCACUUAUUAUCAUAUUAUAAAGGUUUUUGGAAAAAAGAAUAUGGAAAAUACUGUUUCCUCUAUCCAACUCUCUUAUGAAAAGAAUGCUGUAUUUUCUGUAUCUAGUCAGUCCAAACUAUCUUCUCACCGUGUAUUUUAAAGUUCUUUAUAUUUUCACUUAAUUUUCAAUUUUAGUAUAUGUGCUGCCAAAGCGAGCACUUCACUUAAUUUCCUUUAUUCCCAUGGCAUAACCACUGCAAUCUUAAAUCACAUGGAAAGUAUCAUGAUCUUUUGCUAUUUAAUUGAAUUAUCAGAAUGCAUCGUGUGUAACCUCAACAGAUGGCUGAAGUUACAAAUGACAUAGAGCCACAAUCUUAAACUACUCCUUAGAAACACUUCCAUUUAAAUCAUUAAAACAAUUUUACAUUUUUGUUAGUUUAA